AUGGUUGAAAGUGGCAGUAAACAGGUGGCUGAGAACGGGCUAGUGUCUCUUGGUGAGAACGGGCUAGUGUCUCUUGGUGAGAACGGGCUAGUGUCUCUUGGUGAGAACGGGCUAGUGUCUCUUGGUGAGAACGGGCUAGUGUCUCUUGGUGAGAACGGGCUAGUGUCUCUUGGUGAGAACGGGCUAGUGUCUCUUGGUGAGAACGGACUAGUGUCUCUUGGUGAGAACGGACUAGUGUCUCUUGGUGAGAACGGACUAGUGUCUCUUGGUGAGAACGGACUAGUGUCUCUUGGUGAGAACGGACUAGUGUCUCUUGGUGAGAACGGACUAGUGUCUCUUGGUGAGAACGGACUAGUGUCUCUUGGUGAGAACGGACUAGUGUCUCUUGGUGAGAACGGACUAGUGUCUCUUGGUGAGAACGGACUAGUGUCUCUUGGUGAGAACGGGCUAGUGUCUCUUGGUGAGAACGGACUAGUGUCUCUUGGUGAGAACGGGCUAGUGUCUCUUGGUGAGAACGGACUAGUGUCUCUUGGUGAGAACGGGCUAGUGUCUCUUGGUGAGAACGGACUAGUGUCUCUUGGUGAGAACGGGCUAGUGUCUCUGGUGAGAACGGGCUAG